UUCUGGCACCAUUCUUUCUGCAUCGUCCCUCCUUUCUACGCAAGACGUUAUCGUGCCGCCCUUCGGUCGUCGGUUGCUUUCUCGCUUCCUCCGUAUCAUGUUCCUGACUGGUGUCCCUCAUUUCUUCUGCCACAUCCUGGCUGUUGUACCUCUUCUUUUUCCUUUCGGCUCCAAGUCCCGCAAACACAUCCAAGGCCUCCGUUGCCAACACACUUGAGGUAGAGAAGCAUUGCGUGAGUCGAAGCGACGGAGG